GAAAUUACAGUAUUGUGCAAGAAAUUGAGAAAAGAGAUAGGUAAACACAGUGAACUAUAAACUGGGAAAUGGAGGCGACUGUAUAAAUAUCUCACCCAUAAAUCCAAAAUGGUAUCAUAUCAUGGACAUUGAAAAGUAGGAUUUCCAUUUCUCCAAACACCGUGAUGCGAUUUUGCUGAUUUUGUUUCCACUCUCUACAUUUUCACGGACUUGAAGACCUAAGCAGGUUGAUGGUCAGGGGACAAAACAGUGUAGAAAAGAAAUCUUAACCAUGGACGGGGGUAAAUACUCGGAGGAGUUGAAUGUGGCGGUCCGGGCGGUGCAUAUGGCUUGUUUACUCUGUCAAAAAGUGCAGAAGGGGCUCGUUUUCUCCACUUCCGGUGAGCUGGUUCUGUCUAAAGACGACAACUCCCCUGUCACUGUGGCAGAUUGGAGCGUCCAAGCGAUAGUGAGUUGGAUUCUUUCUGAACAUUUUGGUCCUGAUAAUGUUUCAAUAGUUGCUGAAGAAGAUGUCCACUCUCUUUCAACGUCUGAAUCAGCUGGUAUACUGGAAAAAGUCAGCAGCACAGUUAACGAGUGCUUGGUGGAAGCUCCUAGAUAUGGCCUAAGAAGUCCUGAUGUGGCUCUGGAUCAAUCACAAGUUCUUGAAGCUAUUAGCAGGUGCAGUUCAAGUGGAGGGGCCGUUGGCAGGCAUUGGGUCCUGGACCCUGUUGAUGGAACUCUAGGGUUUGUGCGCCAGGAUCAAUAUGCUGUUGCAUUAGCACUAAUUGACAAUGGAGCAGUUGUUAUCGGAGUGCUGGGGUGUCCUAAUUAUCCAAUGAAGGGACAGUAUCAUAACCACAAGCAACAGAAUCAUACCAUGCCGGACCUACAGGGGACCUCCGCGGGUAAGCAUGAAGAAGGCUGUGUCAUGUACACAAGUCGAGGUAGUGGCCAUGCUUGGAUGCAGCCACUUGUUGAUGUUGAUAAGAAGCUUGAGUGGCCAAAUUUUGCAAAACAAAUACGGGUUUCUUGUAUUGAUGAUCCAGAACUGGCUACUAUUUGUGAACCAGUUGAGAAAGCUAACACAAACCACUCCUUUACAGCCGGACUUGCACAUUCUGUUGGGCUCAGGAAGCAGCCCUUGCGUGUCUAUAGCAUGGUGAAGUAUGCUGCCAUAGCAUGUGGGAAUGCAGAAAUUUUUAUGAAAUUUGCAAGAGCAGGAUAUAAGGAAAAGGUAUGGGACCAUGCAGCUGGUGUUCUUCUUGUACAAGAGGCCGGGGGAGUGGUGACAGAUGCCGGAGGGCGCCAACUUGACUUUUCAAGAGGGGUAUACCUUGAAGGCCUUGACAGGGGGAUAGUUGCUUGCUCUGGAACAAAGCUACAUGAAGCUAUUAUCCGAGCUGUUUAUGCAAGCUGGGAAUCCUCUAAUCUCUAAGGCCACCCUCUGCUGAUAUAUCACUGCAAUGGUCCAACACUUUCAAUCGCUUGCCAAAGAUCCUGAAUAGUUUGAACUUUGGCACCAUAAUGCUUGUGUCUCUUUGUGGUCAUCUGGAUUGUUGAAUAUAGCCUUCUACUUGCUUGACCAGACAACUUUGUUUAGAGCAGUUCGUCAUAAGUUGCAGCUUAAAAGCAUUCUUCGGCUUUUUAAUUCUGAAACAUAUUCAACGUAAGGAUAUCAAGUUCAACUUGACCAUAAUGCUGUUGAUUGCAGAGGUAGUACUGUAGAUAUUGUCUUGAAGCAGCUGCAAUCAAAUUACUAUAAUUGCCACUGCUUGUUUGAAGAAGGGGAAAAUGUCCGGUGACUCAGAAGAAUAUUGGUUAAACAUUCAACUAGUAAGAAUUGGAUACUUUGUUAGCCAAAAUCAAUGGCGUCGGUGUCUUGUGGGAAUCCCCAUAUAUUUUGAGAUUUUCUCCAUGUGAGUGAGAUAUGUCAUCAAAUUUGUAAUAAUAAAAAUAGUUCCACCCUUGUAAGUUGCAGGGAUCCUAAAACAAUGUUAAAUAAGAAUGUCUUCCUAAAUUCUUCCAAAAAAGAAUGUCUUCCUAAAAUGUUCAAAUUUAAUGCGUAAA